GGUGACAUCAAUGCACAAUUUCGCCGUAUAAAUCAUUAAAAGUUUAAGUGAGCAAAGUAAAUGCUGCCAAGAAAGUAAAUGAAAUUAUGUGAGUUUCAUUCAUGUUGACAUUAAUAUUUAAUUUAAAUUACUUAACCAAAAUAAGUAUGUAAAAAUUAAUUUACAUAAUUAAAACUUUUGAUUUGAAUCAUGAAUGUUGCUGGUAUAAAACUUAAUAAAAAUAAUACAAUUUAAUAUGUGUGUUUACCUCAAUGUGCACUAAUUAAACCCACUUGAUUAUGACCUAACCAAACAGAGUGACUAAUUGCUGGAGGUAAAAUUAAUAGGCUUCAUUUGUAGAUUAUGUAGGUAGGUAUUAAAUUAGGUUAUGCAUAGUAUUAUGUUACAUCAGUCAUUAAAUUGACUAGACUUGGGUACCACUGCAGAAACAAUAUCUAAAUAUUUUGAGGUCAAAUCUUAAUAGAAUAGAACAGCCACUUUGAGGUCAAAUUAGGGCUUGAGCUCCGGAAUUCCGGUUUUAACAAAAUUCCGGAAUUCCGACAUAUUUCAGUAUCGUUUGUAAAUACCGGAAUUGGAUGAGCAAAACCGGUAUUUCGAUAUUGAAAAAAAAUAAAAUAAAAACGCAGCUUGAGUCGCGGCACGUCCGCGUAGCGCGGCACGUCCGGCGCCGGCCGAUCAACUGUCGCUUCGGUUUGGCCGAUCCGCCCGCAUCGCCGCCAUUUGAAUACGGAUCGUUACAAGAAUCACACGCGAACGAGAACGAUCGAACGUGUAAUAAAUACAUUUAAAAUGUAAGUUUCAAGUUCUUAUUUUACAGAAUUAACUACAUUCAAUACUUGUUCACUUUUAAGUAAAAUAUUGAUUUUAUUUCAUUGGUCGACAACGGUUCACUUCGUAUGUAUGUAAUAUAUAUACGGGACGCAGAGACAACCUAAUGUUUGGCAAAAACAAAGUCGUAAGAAAAGAAGUGACUAAGAAACCGUCACUAUCAAAACCCGCACAAUAUUUGGAAUUUAAUAAAAGGAAAGCGGACACAUCAGUUUGGAACCAUUUUCUUAGGGCGGAAGAUGGGCAAUCCGGUAAAUGCAAAUUAUGCUUUAAAAUUUUAAAAUGCCACGGUGGUGCGACAACAGGUUUGCAUGUACAUUUGAAAUCUACCCACGCUAUUGAUCUGAAAGAGAAAAAAAACCUUUUGCUGUCUCAAUCAGAAACUCAAUGUAGUACUUCCGUUACUCCUAGCACCAGCAACAGCAUGCCCAGAGCAGCAAAAAAGCUUAAAAUGAUCACUGCCUUUUUUGACACAUCUCUAGAGCUGGCUGUAAAAGUGUCAAGGAUGGCCGCUCUUGAUGGCAUUCCUUUCAGUAAAUUUUGCACAUCUGAAGACCUUCGAGAUCUUUUCCACAAAUGUGGAUAUAAUUUGCCGGCGUCUGGUAGCGCUAUAAGAGACAUUGUACUUAAUCAGCACAAAUUCUUAAAAAAACAACUCCGACAGCAAAUUUCACAAGAUAAAACAAGACGAUAUUCUGUAUCGCUUGAUGAGUAUACAUCAAUCCGCAAUAGACGUUACAUGAAUGUUAAUUUACACUCCGAUAAAUUUAAGGAUAACUUCAAAAAUCUCGGCCUUGUGAGAAUUGUAGGCAGUAUGCCUGCAAUAACAGCAUACCAUUACUUGAAACAACAUCUUAAAGAAUUUGCUGUUGAUUUGGACAAAGACGUUGUUUGCUUAACAUCUGAUGGGGCUGCAGUUAUGGUUAAAAUGGGGCGAUAUUACAAGGGCUACCAUCAAAUUUGUCUGGCUCAUGGCUUACAGUUAGGAGUGAUUGAUGUCUUAUAUAAAAAAGAAAACAGUGAAUAUAAUGAAAGAGGUGAUACUGAAACGAGACAGGAGGAUUUUGUGGCCAUGGAUAUAACUGAUAUUGUUGAUAUAUCUGCUUCUGAAUAUGUAGAAAAUGAAGAUCAGAUAUUAGAAGAUAAUGACGAUGAAGAUGACGAAGAAAUUGGAGGUUUUGAGAUUGAAGGGGCCUCUGUACAGCAAGAAAUGGAAAAAAGACAAUUAAACUUUGAAAAUGUUAUUGAAAAGAUUAGAAAGCUGGUCAGGUCAGUACGAAAAUCAAGCUUAAAAAAUGAAGCCAUACAAAAAUACGUAGUAGCAGAAUAUGGAAAAGAACUGAACCUCAUUCUUGAUUGUAAAACUAGAUGGUCAAGUUUAAGCGAUAUGAUUGAAAGGUUUUUAAAGCUCAGGUCUGCUAUCACCAAAGGAUUUCUAGACUUAGACAUAGUAGUGCCUGUCAAUGAAGAAGCAGUAGCAGUACUUAAAGCUUUACACGAAAGUCUUCAUGUCGUUAAGAUAACUGUAGAGUCGCUUUGUCAGAGAGACGCUGAUUUGAUGACGGCCGAUACAGCUCUUAAAUUCAUGUUAAAGUCUUUAGAUAGUAACCAAAACGGUAACAUUAGCAAAAAUCUGGCACAAAGCCUUAGGAACCGCAUUAAGGAAAGACGUCUCCCUAUAGCAUCUGUUUUGGUGUAUCUUUACGAUUCAGAAGAUUAUCACGAAGACAACUUUGACCGUGAGACAUUUUCUAAACCGACAAGCAACGAAAUGUUAGAAGAAAUUGUGAAAAUAAUUAAAAGGUUGGACGAUUCACUAAGCCCGGAAGAAGAAAACUGUGAGAAGUCUGCUGAAGAAAACGUGAAUGAAGAAGCACAAGGAAUGAGUAUGAAACAAAAAUUACAAGAAACUAUUCAGAGACGAAGAGUUACUAUGAAAAGUAAAAAGAAAACAACAAAUAUUGAUCUGGAAAGUUUGCUAAGAGUUGAAAUGGCGGUAUUUGAAAACGGCGGCGGAAGAGGUCAAUAUCUGACUAAAUGUUUCGAAUAUUUAAAAACAAUUCCACCUACCAGUGUGGAGGCUGAACGCGCGUUUUCAGCAGUUUCAAACGUUUGUAGCCGUGUGAGAAGUUCGUUGAAAGACAACAGUUUAGAUGCACUAACUUUUUUAAAAUUUCAUUACCAACAGAAGUCUAUCUGAGCUGUGGGUAAUUUUUAUUUAAUUAGUAAUUUUAUUAAAGUAAAUAGCUCUUUUAAUGGUUUUUUAUUUCUACUUAUAACAAUAGCCCUUAGUUUCAUUAUAAUAUAGUUGUAUGCCAUUUUAGAAGGAAGCUUCAAAUUCCGGAAUUCCGGAAUUCCGGAACUGGAUUGCUUAAUAUCAGAACUCAAUUCCGGAAUUGAAAAAUGAUCCGAUAUUCAA